AUGCCUCGCCUCCACUCCACCAUCCGCCGCCGCCUUUCCUCCACAACCACCGCCUCCCCCGCGCCCCCCUCGUGCUCCUGGUCUCCCCACGCCGCCUUCGCCGCGGCCACGGAGCGCGCCCGCGCCGGCACGCUCAGCCCUGAGGACGCGCACCACCUGUUCGACGAAUUGCUACGGCAGACCGCCCCGGUCUCUGAGCGCUCACUGAACGGCUUCCUCGCCGCCCUCGCCCGUGCGCCGGACUCCGCAGCCUGUAGAGAUGGGCCUGCCCUUGCCAUCGCCCUCUUCAACCGUGUGCGCCGAGAAGAAGCCGGCUUGCAGGUGGCGCGGCCCACAAUCUUCACGUAUGGCGUCCUCAUGAACAGCUGCUGCCGCGCGCUUCGCUCGGACCUAGGGCUUGCCUUCUUCGGCCUCCUCCUCCGGACAGGCCUCAAGACAAAUGAGAUCGUAGGCAGCACCCUCCUCAAGUGCCUCUGCUAUGCAAAACGGACCGAUGAUGCUGUCAACCUGCUGCUUCAUCGCAUGUCCGAGAUCGGCUGUGUGCCUAAUGCCUUCUCAUACUCCAUUGUCCUGAAGAGCCUAUGUGAUGACAGGAGGAGUCAACAAGCGCUGGACCUGCUUCAGAAAGUGAGGAAAGAAGGAGGUGCCUGCUCCCUCAAUGUGGUGGCAUAUACCACCGUCAUACACGGCUUCUUUAAGGAAGGGGAAAUUGGCAAGGCAUGCGAUCUAUUCCAUGAAAUGGCGCAGCAAGGGGUUGUACCUAAUGUGUUCACAUAUAACUCGAUUAUUGAUCCGCUGUGCAAGGCCAGAGUGAUGGACAAGGCAGAGUUGUUCCUUCGGCAGAUGGUUCACAAUGGUGUUCAGCCGGAUGAAGUGAUAUAUACUAGCAUGAUCCAUGGAUAUUCCAGUUUGGGCCAGUGGAAAGAGGCAAGUAAACUGUUAAGAAAAAUGACAAGCCAGGGUCUCAUACCAAAUAUUAUUACUUGGAACUCGUUCGUGGCAUCCCUUUGCAAGCAUGGAAGAACCAAAGAAGCUGCACAUAUUUUUGAUUCCAUGACCACCAAGGGCCACAAACCUAAUAUUGUCACGUAUGGCGCUCUGCUCCACGGCUAUGCGUCUCAAGGAUGCUUUGCUGAUAUGAUUAAUCUCUUUAAUUCGAUGGUAGACAGUGGUAUUGUAGCCGACUCCUAUGUUUUCAACAUCUUAAUUGAUGCAUAUGCUAAACAUGGAAUGAUGGACGAAGCUAUGCUCAUACUUACUCAAAUGCAGGAACAAGGAGUCAGUCCAGAUGUAUUCACCUAUUCGACUCUAAUAGCUGCAUUUUGUAGAAUGGGCAGGCUGGCUGAUGCUAUGGACAAAUUCAGUCAGAUGAUUUACAUCGGGGUAGAACCAAACACAGUUGUUUAUCACUCCCUAAUUCAGGGUUGUUGUACACAUGGUAAUUUAGGGAAAGCUAAGGAGUUGGCUUAUGAAAUGAUGGACAGAGAUAUUCCUCGACCCAACAUUGUGUUCUUCAGUUCAAUAAUUAACAGUCUAUGCAAAGAAGGAAGGGUUUUGGACGCACACGAUAUCUUCAACUUGGUUGUGGAGAUAGGUGAGACACCUAAUGUUAUUACAUUUAAUUCGCUGAUUGACGGAUAUUGCUUAGUCGGCAAGAUGGAGAAAGCAUCUCGAGUGCUUGAUGCCAUGGUAUCAGUUGGCAUUCAGCCUGAUGUUAUUACGUAUACUACACUUAUUGAUGGCUAUCUUAAAAAAGGAAGGAUUGUUGAUGGGUUGAGUCUGUUUAGAGAAAUGUCGCAUCAGAAAGUUAAACCUACUACUGUUACAUAUAACAUCAUACUGGAUGGAUUAUUCCGUGCUGGGCAAACUGUCGCUGGAAAGAAAAUGUUCAAGGAGAUGAUUGAAAGUGAAACAACAGUGAGCAUUUCCACAUACAGAAUAAUCCUUGGGGGACUUUGCAGAAAUAAUUGUGCUGAUGAAGCCAUCAUCCUCUUCCAUAAAUUAUGUGCAAAUAAUGUGAAGUUUGAUAUUGCAAUACUCAAUACCAUGAUUAAUGCAAUGUACAAGGUUCGGAAAAUAGAAGAAGCUAAAGAUUUGUUUGCUGCAAUACCAGCCAGUGGGUUGGUGCCUAAUGCUGCUACUUAUGGAGUUAUGAUAAAUAAUCUUCUAAAAGAAGGAUCACUGGAAGAAGCUGACAGUAUGUUCUCAUCAAUGGAGAAGAGUGGUUGUGCUCCCAGCUCUCGUCUUGUAAAUGAUAUCAUCAGAACAUUAUUGGAAAAGGGGGAAAUAGUCAAGGCUGGAAAUUAUAUGUCUAAAGUUGAUGGGAAGAGCAUCUCACUUGAAGCUUCAACUACUUCAUUGCUACUGUCUCUCUUUUCAGGGAAAGGGAAAUAUCGGGAACAAAUAAAUUUGCUCCCAGCAAAGUACCAAUUUUUUGAUGGAGUCAGUUUUGUUGCAUAGGACUCGGCUGAUAAGCCUUGGUGUGGUUCAGAGCUCCCUCUCAAUGAUGUGAACAUGUAUUCUCUUCUGUGGGCACACCAGGAUCGAACUGGUUGAUGGUGCCACCAUGGUGUUUUGAUCCCAAAAGUAUUGUCUAUCUUAGGUGUAGAGUGGAGGGUUGUGGCAGGUAUUUUCUAUCUUCAACCAGAUAAAUUUC